GAAAUGAAAAAAUUAAUUCUUUUACUUUCUUUAACUAUAAAGAGUUACGGAUAUAAUCCUAAUCCUUUUUACAAUCUUUUACAAAAUUUCAGAGAUAAAUAUAGUGAAAUAUUAAUAGAAAAAUAUGCUAUUAAAUUUAAAGAAACACUUGAAAGUGACGAUUGCACUCCGAUAGAGACUAAAAAUGAGGAAGAAUAUCGACAAGUUAUCUCUGAAUUUCCAAUUUAUCGAAGGGGAAUAGAUCACGAAGCUUUUCCAAGAAAAUUUCCAUUUUCUCGUUUUGUCCCACAAGUUUAUUCUUUACAAGCAAAGGCAUUUAUUACCGAUUGUGUUCGUUUUAUGGAAGAUUUACAACUUUCACAAUCUGAAGUUGGUGAUACAGUUAGGCGUUAUUGUAAUGUUCUUUUUGCAAGAUGGUCCGAUGAAUUGAAAAUGUUUAUAGGUUGCCAGAAACGUUCUUUAGUUCAACUUAUUCAAAUAACAAUCAAUAUGGGGUAUUUGGAACGUUCUUGUGAAUUUUUGGAACGGAUAAUUUCUGAAGCAGCGCGUAAUUUAAGCGAAACUGAUAUUAGCAAUUUUUCCGGUGGAAGUGGAAAUCUUUCGGCACUCGCAUUUGAUGACACGGCUGGACAUUUUGUAGCACUUAAAAAUCAAUUAUUCCGUGACUCACGUUCUGAAGUUGAACAAUUAAUUGAUGAAGCCUUUCGUGAAAAAGUCCAAGCAUUUCUUGAUAAUUUAAAUUAUGACUGGGAAUUACAACAUCCAACUGGUGUAGCUAGUGACAAUAUUUCAGAUAUGAUUACAUUUCUCACCUCAACAUUCAUCAAUUUCACCAAUUUGCCAAAUGUUUUAGCUCGGCAUAUUUGCAUGCAGGCUUGUAAAUUCUUGGCUGAACGUCUUCAUUCUAUGCUUUUGUCGCCUAAACAUAAAGCCAUUAGUAUGGGUGCUCUUGAGCAGUUUUCUUUAGAUUGUGAAUUGUUCGCCGCCCAGUGUCCGGUGCCUGGAUUUGAAGACAAUGCUCUAGCUAUUACAUUUGCACAUUUACGUCAAUUACUGGAUUUAGUAAUGGGGCCAGACUGGACAACAUUUUUUAGUGAAAGAGAUGCGUCUCAACAACAAAGAACUGAAAAUAGCGUGGCACCAAAAUAUACUCGAGUUAAAGCUUCAAAUGCUGCUAUUCUUCUUGAAAAGUUUAUUUGACUUACUUUUUUUAUUUUAUUUAAAUUCAGGAUAGUAGAAUACGAGAAGCGAAACGCUGGUUUUUUCGCACUUAAUAGAGGCGAUCGACAUAAGCUCUAUGAAACAAUAUUAAAGAAACUGCGUAGUUUUA